AUGUCGAUAGCUCCGAUCAUCACCUUCAAAGCAGGUAUCUGCGACCUGGAUAUCUCUAGCACUCCUCCCGCCGUAAAGCCGAAGCCAACCCCAGGCUAUGUCUACCUUUACUCCGAAGAUGACCUUAUCCACUUCUGCUGGCGCUCGCGUAGCGCCUCACUAGACGAGCCCGAGCUCGACCUGGUGAUGAUCCCUUCAGAUGGCAGCUUUACUCCCUACAAGCCAUCCGGCAGGGACGCUACGAAUGGCCGGAUAUUUGUCCUGAAGUUUUCAUCUAGCUCUCAGCGAUACCUGUUCUGGAUGCAGUCCCAAUCCCAGCACGAGGACGGCGACCCAAGUUGGUUCAGUCCCCGUGACUUGAAGCUUGGAGAAAUUGUCGAUGUUCUGCUGCAGGGCGAGGAGGUUGACGUAGAGCACGAGAUCGCCAAUCUUCCCCGCCGGCCUUCGGGCGGUGAUGACGAUGAGACCAUGGAGGACGUGGAAGGCACCGAUCAUGAUCGCAACCGAUACCACAGCGCAGGUAGCGGCGGCGCUGGCCCCGAUGCGACCGGUGGCGACCGUAGAGCAACUGCCGAGCAAGAUUCCGCGUCGGUUGUCCAGGACUUUUUGAAGUCUCUGGGCGGCCGCCAGAGCCAGAGCGAAUCCCAAGAUCCUGAACGACCAUCUACGACACUUCAAGAACUCCUUCCGCCCUCGACCACGUUGCAAUUUAUUGAUUCUGCUGAUACCACUACUGCCGAUCACCUUCUGAGCUUCUUACCGCCCGCACUACUUCUACUGGCCCAGGGCAACGCUGAGGCUUCGGAAGCUGACACGGACCCGGAACUUGCCCAAGCUGCUCUCCUGUCCCUCGACCUCUCCCAGAAAAAAGAUAUUCUCCGAAAAGUGCUUCGUUCUCCCCAAUUCAUGCAAAGCUUGGCCAGUCUUACUGUAGCCCUUCGUGAUGGUGGGCUUCCGAGUAUCAGUGAGGCUUUGCAAAUCCCCGUGGCUAAUGGAGGCUUUAUGCGGAGAGGUGGAGUACCCCUUGGUGGUGGCGAUGCGGUAGACGCGUUCCUGGAUGGUGUUCGGCAACACGUUAAAGAAAAGGAAUCUCAGAUGGAUACUGAUUGA